AUGCAUUCGAGUGACCCGUGCCCGAAGAAUUACCGGGGAAAUUGUUACGGCGGCUUCGCAAGAGCUGUUCACUACAUCAAACAACGGAAGAGGGAGGGCGGCCUGUUGAACGUAUACACGGGCGACUUCUUCCAGGGCCACAUUUUCUACACCAUGUUCGGCUGGGAGAUGGCAGCAGACAUCGUCUCGCAGAUGCCGUACGACGCGCUGGCGCUUGGAAACCAGGAGUUCUACGGCGGCCUGGAGAUGCUGAUGCCGUUCAUGCGUCGCGUCGGACCCGUGUUCGUUUGCACGAACCUCGACUUCCACCGGCUAAAUGAGAGCCUGCAAAAGGAGCUGGCACACCUGUGCCCGCCCUCUGUCAUCCUCACCAUCACCACCGUCAACAGCAAGCACCCGGUCCGCGUCGGCAUCGUCGGCUACACAACGCCGGAGACCGCGCGCAUCGCGCAGACCGGCGCCAUCGUCUUCUACGACGAGGUCCAGGCGCUCUCGGCGGAGGUGCGCCGCCUGACGCAACAGCGCGGCGUGAAGGUGGUCGUCGCGCUCGGCCACUCGGGCCUCAAGCGCGACUUGGAGAUAGCGCACCAGGUCUCCGGGCUCGACGUGGUGGUGGGGGCGCACUCGCACACGCUCCAGUGGCCGGGUGCCUGGCAACCAUUUCGUCCGGACACGCCCGCGGACCCGUGGGACCACGCCAGCGAUGUGUACCCGCGCAUCGUGACCCAGGCCAGCGGCCGCACAGUGCUCGUCGUGCACGCGUUCAAGCACGGUAAGUACAUGGGCGGUAUCGACGUGGGUCUGAACGAGCAGGGCGAGGUGCGUGACUGGUGGCCCAACAUCACACUGCUGCGGGCCAACCAGGGCCGCGACGAGGCCGUCGUCAAAGUGCUGGGGGAGUACAACCAUCGGCUAGACGUGAAGCGUACCGAGGUGAUCGGCCAGAGCCUGGUCACGCUCGAGGGCCGACCCGACGUCUGCCACCAUGGAGAGUGCAACCUGGGUAACAUGUUCGCGGACGCGGUGCUGUGGGCUAACCAGCGCCACGAGGCUCUACAUCCGCGGCCCGUCAAUAUCGCGCUCAUCAAUAGUGGCUCCAUGAUGAACCGCAUUCUCCCGCUCAACAUCACGCUGGACACGCUGCUGGAGACGCUGCCGUACCAGAACACCAUCACCAUUGUCACCAUCACUGGCAAGACCCUGCUGGCGGUGCUGGAGGAGAGCGUGGCCCACAUCGAGAACCUCGCAGGUACCUUCCUCCAAGUAUCCGGCGCCAGAGUGCGCUACAACAUCGGUCUGCCGCGGGGGAAGCGCGUGCUGUCAGCUCUCGUGCUCUGCACCAACUGCAGCGUGCCACGCUUCGGACCCGUGCAGCCGCACCUGGUGUACGAGGUGGCCGUGACUACGUACAUGGCGGAGGGCGGGGAUCAGUUCGCCUUGUUACGCGACGAGCUCCUGGCCCUUCGCUCCAUGAACAUGCUGGACGUGGACAUCAUGCUGGAAUACCUCCGAAUCUUCUCGAUGGUGUACCCGCGCGAGGAGGGCAGGAUCACCGUGAUCAACGAGUCCUCUCUCGCUCUGUCCGGCUCAUCCAGGGCCUUGACAACGUUGACGCUGAAGAUCGUGAGCGCGGUGCUUUGUGUCGUUGAGACGCUCUGUGUAUGUCGGAAGGCAUAUACGUGGCAGUGGGACACACUGCAGAUGCUGUGCGCUGUGUGA